AACAAUAACUGAAAGCAGAUUCUCAUGAUUAAAAAAAACCUAAACAAGUAAUAGUUUAUUCUAAAAUGCAGAGCAAGGCAGAAUAGCCAAAGUGACCCCCAAAACGUUGCAAGAAGAAUCGUAACAAUACGCAGCACAGCGCAGAUAUAUUGUUCUUGAACACACCUCAAACUGAGUCUGACAGCAAAUAUGGCGAUGUCCAUGAGGAGGGCAUUACUGCCUCUGCAUCGGAUGAGAUUCAGCAAUUUGAAGAAUGCAGAGGCUUCGCUGGAGGUACGGUAUCCCCUGCCCUUUGUUGUCCCGGUAAGGACCAAGAAGCGCUACUUCAUUCCCCCUGCGGUGGGGAUAAAAGGGAAGGCGGCAGUCGCGGCAGACCAGGAGGCCAAAGCCAGAGCGGCAGGUGUUGUCCUGAGGCAGGAGUACAUGGAGAGAGCCAUCAACAUCGCCUGCACUGCGGGAGUGUUUGACCCCUAUAUCCCCCCAGAAGGUGAUGCUCGUCUCUCCAGUCUGUCCAAAGAGGGUCUGAAACAGCGCACAGAGCAGAUCAAACAGGGUGCUGCCUCCCAGCUAGCGAUACGCAAGAUCAAAGAGCAUGACGCUGAGUUCACCACAAAGGCGUUCCCAGUGAAAGCUCAGGAGAUCUUCGUUGACGCGCACAACGCUCUCACACAGUUUAACAAGGAGAGACUUCACUCCCUUGUGACAGAAAGAUGUUACCCUGAGAUGGUGAGGGGGAACCGCUACAAGACGCUGCGGUGGCAUUUCGUGGAGUCCCUGGAGCCGCCCAAGGUGGUGCACGCCCGCUGCCCAGACAUGGUCAGCAAAGGCAACUUGUAUGGGCAGGUUACGGUGCGCAUGCACUCCAGACAGACCCUGGCUGUCUACGACCGCUUCGGCAGACUGAUGAUGGGGAGCGAAGAGGAGCCCAGGGAUGUGCUGGAGUACCUGGUUCUGGAGAGGCACCUCGUCAACCCAUACGGCAUGUGGAGGUUACAUGGCAAGAUAGUACCAGCCUGGGCCCCAGUGAAGGAACCCAUCGUCAAGACUGUUAUGAUCCCUGGCCCGGAGCUCAAGCCAGGCGAGGAAUUUGAAGAGCUCAACUAUGAAGUGCCCAAGCCUAAGGCUGUGCAGUGGCACAAAUAGACCACAGUUGGGAGCUGUAAUUCUGGGCCAACACAUAUGUUCUCAUUUUUUUUUCAGAAACCAUGAAGCUACAUUUAGUUUUCUGCCUUUUUAUAUAAAAAUACACUGUUUGUUACACCUUACACUUGUAUAUCUCAAACACUUCAAAUAAUCCACAUUGUCCAGAUCUGUAGAGAUUGUAUGGUUUAUUUCAAUGGUGAAUAUAUAACAUGUUAAUUUAAAAAAAUACAAAAAUAAAAUGUCCCAUCUCUUUUUUCA